CCCGCCGGACUUUUCGCUCCUGCCGAGGAUGAGGCGGCCGACGCGGCGGCUGGCGCUGUCUCUGCUGGGGGUGCUCUGGCUCGCCGCCCUCCUCCUCUUCUUCUUCGGGGCGCGGAGGAAGUUGGAGGCGCCGGAGCCCGAGGGACACACGCCGGAGGAGCCGGAGGCGGACUGGGACGACCUGUGGGAUCAGUUUGAAGAGCGGAGGUACCUGAGCGCCCGGAGGUGGAAGGGCGGCGAGGACCCGUACCGGCUGCAUGCCUUCAACCAGCGCGAGAGCGAGAGGAUCCCCAGUGACCGCGCUGUCCGCGACACCCGCCACCACAGGUGUACGACCUUGCACUACAGCCAGGACCUGCCGCCCACCAGCGUGGUCAUCACCUUCCACAACGAGGCCAGGUCCACCCUGCUGAGGACAAUCCGCAGCGUGCUGAACCGCACCCCGGUGCACCUCGUCCAUGAAAUCAUACUCGUGGAUGACUUCAGUGAUGACCCUGAUGACUGCCGCUUGCUGGGCCAGCUGCCCAAGGUGAAGUGCCUGCGGAACGGCCGGCGGGAAGGUCUGAUCCGAUCCCGAAUCCGAGGGGCAGACGUGGCCACGGCAGGUGUCCUGACCUUCCUGGACAGUCACUGCGAGGUGAAUAAGGACUGGCUGCUCCCCCUGCUGCAGAGGAUCAAGGAGGAUCCCACCCGGGUGGUCAGUCCUGUUAUUGACAUCAUCAACCUGGACACUUUUGCCUACGUGGCAGCUUCCUCAGACCUCAGGGGAGGUUUUGACUGGAGUCUGCAUUUCAAAUGGGAGCAGCUCUCCCCGGAGCAGAAGGCCAAACGACUUGAUCCCACCGAGCCCAUUAAGACUCCCAUCAUUGCUGGGGGGCUGUUUGUGAUCGACAAGGCCUGGUUCAACCACCUGGGCAAGUACGACAGUGCCAUGGACAUCUGGGGUGGAGAGAACUUCGAAAUCUCUUUCCGUGUGUGGAUGUGUGGGGGGAGCCUGGAAAUCAUCCCCUGCAGCCGUGUUGGGCACGUCUUCAGGAAGAAACAUCCCUACAUCUUUCCAGAGGGAAAUGCCAAUACAUACAUCAAGAACACCAAGCGCACGGCCGAGGUGUGGAUGGACGAGUUCAAGCAGUACUACUAUGCUGCCCGGCCUGCAGCCCAGGGGAGGCCUUUUGGGAACAUCCAGAGCAGAGUGGAGCUGAGGAAGAAGUUGAAAUGCCACAGCUUCAAGUGGUACCUGGAGAACGUUUAUCCCGAACUUCGGAUUCCCGAGGAAUCGCUCUACCAGACCGGGAUCAUCAGGCAAAGGCAGAGCUGCCUGGAGUCACACAAGUCUGAAGAGCAGGAGUUCCCCAUCCUGAGCUUGAAUCCUUGUAACAGCACCAAGGGCACAGUGCCAAAGGCACAGGAAUGGACAUACACAUACAACCACCACGUGCGCCAGCAGCAGCUCUGUCUGUCUGUGUACACGCUCUUCCCUGGUUCCCAGGUGCUGCUGUCACCUUGUAAAGAAGGUGACAACAAGCAGCGCUGGGGCAAGGUGGGGUCGCACAUCGAGCACAUAGCCACACGCUUCUGCUUGGACACUGAGAGCAUUGGGGACACCCACGAGAGCAUCAGGGAGCUGGUGAUCAACCCCUGUGAGAGCACAGCCAUGAGCCAGCGCUGGGACAUGCUCAUGUCGUGACCUGCUGCAGGACGGGCACCGGGACGUGGCCAUGCGCGGCUGAGGUGGCACCGGAUGGGGCUCGGAUCCAAACCCUGCAGGAGAAGCAUCCAGAUAAAAAUGGGACACUGCACUCCAGGUGGAACAGCAGAUGGUGACCGCCAGGCAUGCAGCUGGUGAUGGUCAAGGAGGAGGGAUGGCAGAAAAACAAGGCUGAAGUGUUUUAGAGGGGUAUUGGGGUACGCAGAACCUCAGCGUGCACAGCAUUGAUUAAUCUCCCUGGAAACACAGGUAGAAGAGCCUUUAAUGCCUAAAGGAGACUUGGGCUGAGGAAAACAAGCAUCUCAGUAGCUCUUGGGGCUUGAGGUGGGUGCACAAGGUGAGAUGCGCCAAGGGAUGCUCAGAAACAUCGCCAGGGAUCAAGUGGAAGACUCUGAAUUAUUUUUGCACUUUGCUGUGAAUGUUUCUGUUUUCUGCAGACAGCAUGGGUGGA